AUGCCGACAAAGAGCGCCGAGACCGACGAAGGACCAGUCGAUUUGCCGGUGGGAAAAGUUGUUGGUAAGAGAUUUGUUAUACAUCAAAAGUGCGGCGAAGGAGGCUGUGGAGCUGUUUAUAAGGUAAGGUUUUGUGAUUUUUAAAAUUUUUUGGAAAACCUUUAUUUCUUUUACAAAUGCAUUAAAAGCUGUAAUUUAGCAUAAAACUGAUCAAUUAUUAAUGUUUGCUUAGUGCAAAUGAGAAUAAUUUGAAAUUAUUGAGUAUUGCUUUAUCCAAAAGUUCAAUUUUUCCAAAUAUAUUGUUAUAGGCGGAAGAUCUGCAGAAAAAGAACAGGUUUUAUGCCCUAAAGGCCGAGUCCAAUACAGCCGCUGGUGGUGCUGUUUUAAAACUAGAAGUAGCGAUUCUGUCAAGGCUAAAAGGCAAAAAACACUUUGCCGACAUGAUUUAUGCUGGUAAACGCGAAAAGUACUCCUACAUGGUGAUGACAUUGUUUGGGCCGUCGCUGUCACAUAUUAUGAAGAAGAAAGUGAAAGGACCACUGAGCGUGUCGAGCACCAUUAGAGUGGGGAUUCAACUUCUUUAUUGCAUCAAAACACUUCAUGAUGUGGGUAUUGUUUGAUAGAUCAUGAUUUAGGUGUUUUUUGAUAGGUAUAACUCUUUGAAUUUAAAAAAAAAUUUAUUUAAUAAAGCUUAAAAAUUUUUUUUAGGCUGGCUACAUCCACCGUGAUAUAAAACCGGCUAAUUUGGCUAUAGGUCGUCAUUUCCCCAUGUCCAGGUUCAUCUACAUGUUGGACUUUGGGUUGUCGCGACAAUAUGUACUGACUGAGAAUGGAAAGACUUUAAUGCGACGACCAAGACAAGAUACUCUGUUUCGUGGUACUGUAAAGUACUGCUCGAUUAGUACUCAUGAAAGGAACGAACAAGGGAGGCCGGAUGAUUUAUGGUCUUUAGUCUAUUUACUGGUCGAACUUCGAGGGACGCUACCAUGGGAGAAACUAUCGUACGUUGGGUUUUUGAUAAAUACUUAUGUUUAUAUAUAGGCACAUCUAUGGGUUUGGCUAGAAGUAAAGAACCAGAGUGACUUAAAACAAUAUAAAAUAAGAUUUCAGUGAUAAGCAUGCGACGAAAGCCGCCAAGAAGAAGAUCACUGACGCUGAAUUAUUGAAGAACUGUCCUGUACAAAUGCUUGAGGUUGUAGCACAUUUACGGUAAGUUUAUUAUAUACGUUAUAGUUUUAAAACGAAGUGUCACUUUUUCAUUUUGAAAAAAAUGUAAAGUCUUUUGUAACUUAUCAAAAUGACUCCUAAAAUUGUCGUAAAAUCUAAAAUAUUUUGAGAUUGUCUUUGAACUUUAAAUUUAAAGUCAUUUUAAAAUUUUUUUUCAGAACACUGACAUACUUUAUUAGGCCUGACUAUUGCUUGAUAUACAAACUGUUUAUGGACGUAAUGAAAGAAGGCAACUUUAAGUUCACAGAUCCAUACGAUUGGGAAAAGGUUGUGUCGAGUAAGAAGACACGCAAGGAAUCAGAAUCCACGUCUCUGACGAUUCUCAAACAAAAAUUGGAUCCAGCCAAGUCUCCCAACUUCACAGACGAAGAUUUCAAGAGCAACGAUCUGGGAUUCUGA